UUUCUCACUUCCGUAAACAAAAACUUCAAAAUCUUUUGAAAAUUGAUUAUCUCUUUAGGCGAAAUCUGUAAUAUGAGCGAAGAUAUAGCGAUACACAAUUUUACAGGGCGGUGCAUGGAAACGCAGGUCCAUUUCCACGUUAUGAAAAUGAAAGACAGUUUUAUGGUUUGGAUAGGAGACUCACCGAAACUUGACAAUUUCUCAAUGGCAAUGCAGACAAAGUUUGAGAAAUCCCCAAUAACAACGAGUGUGAUGGGAGACAGCAGUGAUCCUACCUCAGAAGCCAUAGCACAGAAAUUAGCCAAGAGAAGCCAUAAACAGACAUUUGUCAGCUAUAACCUAUCAACAGAGGCUGCAUUAGUUCCCCUUGUAGAGCAGAGACUAUUUGAGGAAAUGAAGAUUCACCCGGAGUACUUCUGACAAAAUCAUAUGAACAUGAUAGGCUAUGAGCAUUAUGUAUUUGAACUGUGUAAUAGGAUUUUAUAAAUGUACAGGCACAUCGUAAAUAGUCUGUUACUGAACAAUGACAUAAGAAUUUGAAGUAUAAACUCUAUGCAGAUUGACAACCAGUCUGAGCUGGUGUGUUUGCACCAAGGACUUGAUGUAAGAUAUUUAAUGACAAUUGGUCACUUCGAUAUA